AAAGUACCACUCAGCCCAUUUGUUUAGAAUUUAUGAAUUUUUGGGCACUUUACCAAAUAUUACUAUGUAUAUUAUAAUAACAAUAAUAGGAAUUCGUUGACCCCAACUACUGCGUAAAUUGUAGAAAUAAAAAAUUUGAUUUUGUCGGUAGUGUAUUAGAUAAUAUAAAUCAUGGCUGGUUUUGGUGACUAUAGUCAUUAUAAUCGACCUUACGGGCUAGAUCCUAACAGAGAAACUAAUGAUUUGUACGAUACUCGUUAUCAGCAGAUUUAUGGAUAUCAUACACCAUUAACAGAAGAAUAUCAAGGUCCGCCUUUGGUUAUGGAUGAUAUUCCUGAAGAAGAGAGCAAUACAUAUGUGACAACAGCAAUAAGUUUUGCAAGUCUUAUCACAGAGAACCUAUUAAGCCAUCCAUUCAUUGUUUUGAGACGUCAGUGUCAGGUGCACAACUCAUUGAGGAACUAUCACAUUGUGCCGUACACACUGUUGCCAGUUGUGGCCAGACUCCACAGACGACAGGAGGUGACAACUCUAUGGAAGGGCAUAGGAUCCACCUGUAUUGUUAAAGGGCUAAACUUGGCUGUAGAAGAUGUUAUGUCCAAGGGAACAGGAUGGCCAAAGGAUAUGGGGAAGUGUCAUUCAGUAUUACAAUUUUUCCAACACAUAACAUUAAAAUGUGUAAGCCUAGCAAUAAUAACACCAUUCUACUCUGCUAGUUUGGUGGAAACUGUGCAGAGUGAUAUAGCUAGUGACAAACCAGCCCUCCUCGAUGUGUUCAGAGAAGGCUUUGUACGAAUAUUGGAGUGGGGAACCCCAAGUCGUGGGCGGAUGUUACCAAUUUGGGCCAUAGUACUACCAACAGCAGCUCUGGGAAUCUCUAAAUAUCUUGCUCAUUCACUGCUAAAAUGCAUUACAGUAAAGGUGAUGCGUUUUCAACAGAGGCACAGACAUGAGUUGAGCGACUCUUACAAUUCUAAAUUUAAAAAGAGUGCAGAGAAUCCUCUUCUAGAAGACAUCAAUUUGAAGGCUAAUAUAUUUUCAUUUAUUACAAUGGAAGUGCUAUUCUAUCCUGUUGAGACAAUUAUACAUAGACUGCACAUACAGGGAACAAGAACAAUAAUAGAUAACCUAGACACAGGGACAUCGGUUACUCCAAUCCUCACAGGCUACGAAGGUUUUAUGGAUUGUUACAAUACUACUAUAGCUAAGGAGGGUGUAGGUGGCUUAUAUAAAGGCUUCGGAGCCCUAGUUUUGCAGCUGGCAGCUCACUUGGCAAUUAUCAAGCUGACUACAUUGGUGGUUACAGAAAUGUCAAAUCUUCUGAAACCAGCCAACACACCAACUAACUCUGACGAUUCAGUUCAUUCACAGCAGAAGUAUUUAUUCAACUAAUUGUUUUAAAACUUAUGGCACAUUUGACCAAAU